CGGGGGAUGGCGGCGCAGGGGCCCCGUGGUCGCCUCGCCUCGUCGCUGCCGCGGCUGCUGCUCGGCCUGGCCGCGCUCGCCGUGCCGCCGCCGCCCGCCGCCGCCCCCGAGCCGCCGCCCGCCGCCCUCCGCGCCGGCCACGCCGCCUCCUCGCUGCCCGCCGCCGCCGCCGCCCCGCGCACCAGAUACCUUUUGUACGAUGUAAAUCCCCCUGAAGGGUUCAACCUUCGCAGAGACGUCUACGUUCGCAUUGCUUCCCUUGUAAAGACCCUGCGGAAAAGUGAAAACUGGGUGUUAGUCCUGCCUCCUUGGGGGAGGCUUUAUCACUGGCAGAGCCCCGAUAUCCUUCAGGUCCGGAUUCCUUGGUCUGAGUUCUUUGAUAUCCCAAGCCUCAACAGGAACAUCCCUGUCAUUGAAUAUGAGCAGUUCCUUGCAGAGUCAGGUGGGCCCUUUAUUGAACAGAUUUAUGUGCUACAAGGCUACACAGAAGGAUGGAAAGAAGGAACAUGGGAAGAAAAAAUCAAUGAAAGGCCAUGCAUUGAUCAGCUGAUGUAUUCCAAGGACAAACAUGAGUACUACAGGGGCUGGUUCUGGGGUUACGAGGAAACACGAGGCCUAACCGUCUCUUGUUUGUCUGUCCAAGGAUCUGCUUCCGUUGUGGCGCCCAUCCUUCUGAAGAACACUUCAGCACAGUCAGUGAUGUUAGACAGAGCUGAAAACCUUCUUCAUGACCACUACGGAGGGAAAGAUUACUGGAAUACCCGUCGAAGCAUGGUGUUUGCUAAACACCUCCGUGUGGUGGGAGACGAGUUUAGAAGGAAGUAUCUUCAAUCCACGGAUGAGGCAGACAGGACUCAUUACAAGGAGGACUGGACACAGAUGAAGGUUAAGACGGGCACAGCUCUAGGUGGUCCAUACCUUGGGGUUCAUCUCAGAAGGAAAGACUUCAUUUGGGGUCACAGAGAAGAUGUGCCUUCCCUGCAAGGAGCAGUAAAGAAAAUCCGCAGCCUCUUGGAGAUGCUUAAACUUGAAAAAGUUUUUGUAGCCACUGAUGCUGUCGAGGAGGAGAUUGAAUUGCUCAAGAAACUGCUGCCUGAGAUGGUGAGGUUUGAACCCUCUUGGGAGGAGCUGGAACUCUAUAAGGAUGGGGGCUUGGCUGUGAUUGACCAGUGGAUUUGUGCACAUGCAAGGUAUUUUAUAGGCACCUCAGUUUCAACAUUUUCCUUCCGAAUCCAUGAGGAAAGAGAGAUCUUGGGAUUUGACCCAAAAACAACUUACAACCGAUUUUGUGGUGAAACAGAGAAAAACUGUGAGCAGCCAACUCACUGGAAAAUUGUCUGUUAAAUACAGAGAAAUACAA